AUGAGUAAUCAGGAUUCCUCUGCCACCUAAAAGAGAAAAAAACAUCACCUUUCUACGUGUAAAUUUCAGAGGAAGGAAAAGGAAGAAUAUUUACACUUCGCAGCCGACCCAAAAGGCGAAGGAAAAGCAGCACGGGUGAAGGAGCAGAGGAUGAAAUAUUCUCUACAUGGGUCUCGGGAUCAAAAUCGGCAGGGAAUUUGGAUCUGUUUUACCUUCUGAUUAGUUGUUAAGGACUAUCAUUAUCAUCAGAAUGUCUUGUCAUAAUCUAUGUAUGGAUAGGCAAAUUCAAUCAUAGUGUAAGAAGGAAAGCUUAGAAAAACAGCAAAAUCAAUUAGUUGUCAAUGGGUUGUAACAACUCCAAAGACGUACAGGCAAGGGGCGAAGGUGCUGUUCGACCUCUGCCUCGCUGCUCGUCGACUCCUCCCAUUGAGAAACAGCAGCAAGGGCACAAUUAUUAUCACCUGGUAUCUGUCAAAUCCUCCACUUAUGGCAACCUGCAUCUGAAAAUGAGUGAGGAGGAAGAAGCAGACGAUUUUUUGCCUAGAAAACACGAGUACCCAGAUGGAUUUUAUGAUCGGUACAGGCAGAAUUUUGAUAGGUCGUCCAAUGUGGCAGCUAAAACAUGGUCUGAUGUGAACAACCUUCUCUCGGAUUACAAGAUCCCCUGCAAACAGGAAAAUGGGAAAGAAGAGGAGGAGGAAGAAGAAGAAGAGGAGCCAGAGACGAUCAAUACAUGGGAGCUCAUGGAAGGGCUUGAGGAUGCAAAUGAUUGUGCACUGUCUAUACAAUCUGAUAAUAGUGGACAGGGGUUCCACCCAACUGAAGAAAAUGCAAGAAAACCGCUGUGGAUGCAUUUUGCAGAUGAUUCAUCUGACACCCUUUUUGAUCCAGAUAUUGUUUGUGGAUUCAGAGAAGCAUUUGACACUGCUUCUAAGGUUUCAGUGGCUCAUGAAAGCCUUAAUGGGCUCGAAACCCCUGUUUCUUCUUGCAGCCGAGCGAGCAGCAGGUUUAGGUGCAACAGUUUUCCUCGGCCUAUUAAUAAAUCUCCAUUCAGGCUUGAUGAGGUGAAAAAACCUGAUUCUGAAAACAACCAGGGUUUUCCGAGGGCUUCUUCCCGAGAUGAAGACAGAGUAAUUUUGUAUUUUACCAGCUUGAGGGCAAUCAGAAAGACCUAUGAGGACUGCUGUAAUGUUAGGUUAAUUCUUCAGGGCUUCAGAAUAUUUGUUGAUGAAAGGGAUGUGUCUUUGCAUUCAGGGUACCGUGAGGAGUUGCAAAGACUGUUAGGUAAUCAGAGAAUUAGCGUUCCCAUGCUGUUUGUGAGGGGAGAAUACAUAGGCGGGGCUGACAGAGUCAUACAGCUGCAUGAAGAAGGUGAGUUAGAGAAGUAUUUUGAGGGUUUCCCAGUUCAGACUUGUGUUAGCAUAUGUGAUGGAUGUGGGGAUUUGAGAUUUGUUCCAUGCGUUACUUGUAAUGGUAGCUGUAAAUAUUAUACCGAUGACGAUGAACUCAUCAGAUGCCCUGACUGCAAUGAGAAUGGAUUAGUAAGGUGCCCUGUAUGUUAUUGAAGGUUUGAAGGUCUAUCUACAAGGAGAAUGAAUAUUGAGUAGAUGCUUGAUUAUUUCCUGACACUUGAUUAUGCAAUAUGUGAAAUACUAUGUUGAUUGUAUUGCUUUAUUGUUCUCUAAUUCAAGACUUGCUGGCAGUAUGGGGUUAUAAUUACACAUUUUUAAAAAGGGGGGCGAGAAUUGGGAUUCUGAGGAACGCCAUCUUGUUUUUAUCUUAUCUCUGCAUUUCUGGUACUUUCUUUCCCCCCCAUAAGACUUCGUUUUUCUAUUUUCCUUAGAGUUGGGGAAAGGAAGAGGAUUAGAUUGUGCUUAGUUUCCAAGUGAAUUAAUUGGAGCAAGUUAAGGUAAAGUCUUCUUUCCAAGCAAGGACUCUGUUCCUUUUUGGGUUGAAAUUGGGAAAAAGGUUUGACAUACGGAGUGUUCAGUUAUGUUAAUGAAUGGUGUAUAUUUGUUACGGUCAGAGGAUCUAUUUUUGAAAUUGCCUCUACCUAUUUUGGAGAUUUUAUCUUGAGAUGCCUCAGCUGGAGGUCAUAACCAUAGGAUAUUGUUUUCAAUUUGAAUAUUGACAAAAUAUUGCUGUCACUAUUACAUGGAAGGAGAUGAAGGGACAUAGGAGAGAGAGGCAUUCCUCCUAUGCAUUUUCUAACUUUGCAGAAAGAGACAGCAGACAACUAUUUAGUUCUGCAGAAGCCCAUGGCAGAAUUUGAGUAAAUUGUUGGACAUAUUUGUUUAAAUAUGAAAUAUAAUGUUACAGUUGUAAUUUUCUUUA